AAUAGUUCAACGAGACUUCCAAUGAAAGAGGAUCUCCCACUUUAUUCACGGCUUGCAGAGCAAACUCAGAAGGACAGUUCGUCAAUUUUCUGAAAGCAAAAGAUAAACAUAACAUUAUAUUCAUUACUUGAAGUCAACAAUUCCGUUACGCUAACGGGUCAUCAUGAUUUCAAGAGAACUACUUCUGCUUCUGGCAAUGAUUUGGCAUCAUUCACAAGGAGAAAGAUGUCAUUAUGUCCUUCAUGGUAAACGUGGUGUAAUCAAAAGUCCUAAUCACCCUGCUAUUUACCCAAGUAAUGCUGCAUGCACUUGGCUUAUACAAGUACAAAAAGAGCACACUAUCACAUUGAAAAUAAAGUCGUUCAGACUGGAAGGCAGAAGCCCUAGCUGCAUUAAAGAUGCCCUGAUGAUAUACGAUGGUGCAAACUCAACGGCCUACUCGUUCAAUUCGCCGUACUGUGGCCGAACUAUUGAACCCUCUCUGAAAUCGUCUUCCAAUUCCAUCUUCAUUAAGUUCAAAUCAGACUCAACUAAAGAAUUCUCAGGAUUUAGCAUCGAGUACAGUGCAGAGAAAAAUUGUAACGAAACCAUCUAUGCUGAUAGUGGAACGAUUUCGAGUCCAAAUUAUCCUCAGGAUUACCCUCCAAAUGCCGAUUGUCAUUGGAAGAUUGAAGCGAGCAAAGGAAAGAGAAUAAAAAUUGACAUCAGGGAUUUUGAGAUGGAAGGGAGCCAAGGAGGCAUAGAUCAGUGUUACGAUCACAUAGCAUUCUAUGACGUAAUUGCCAGCCAAAAAAGGUUGAUUGGGCUGUACUGUGGGAAGAGCAUACCAUCCCCAAUCACUUCAAAGACGAACAGACUUGUCAUACAUCUUUUAAGCGACGCAACUGUUUUCAAGAGAGGAUUCCUAAUGAGAUUUACUGCAGAAGCCUUAGGCGAUCAGUCAGCUUCCAGCACGCCAGCUCUGAACAAAACAGUAAGCAAGGAUGGCUCGACUUGCACUGAAACCGAUUUCAAAUGCCGUAACGACGUUUGCAUACAGCAGGAAGUGCGAUGUAACCAGGUCGACGACUGUGGCGAUCAUUCCGACGAGCUUGCAUGUGCAGAGCCCUGCUCUGACAAAAACGGAGGCUGCGAACACAGCUGCAAGACGCAUCCAGCAUGGGGAUCCUUCUGCACUUGUAACAGUGGCUACACACUGGCGGCGGACAAAAAGAGCUGUCAUGAUCUUGACGAAUGCAGUCGAAACAAUGGCGGUUGUGGGGAUGUUUGCUCGAAUUUUGUUGGUGGUUACAAAUGUGAAUGCUCACAGAAUGGAUACCAGAUUGGCGAAGACGGGAAAACAUGUCAAGAUAUAGAUGAGUGCCUUGCAAGGCCAUGCGAGCAUUUAUGUCAAAAUACGGUGGGGAGUUAUGUUUGCAGUUGCUUGGAAGGAUUCCGCCCAACUUCUUCUGGCGUUUGCAUAGAUCAAAAUGAAUGUGCCAUUGGAGUACCAUCCUGUUUUGACUGUAUUAACACGAUCGGAAGUUAUCGAUGCAACUGUGGCAAAGGAUUCGUCGCUGUAAAUAACGCAACGCGAUGCGAAGAUGUUGAUGAGUGUGUUACGGGAGAAGCCUGUAGUCAACUUUGUACAAACACAUACGGAAGUUAUCAUUGCCACUGCCGACAAGGGUUCACGCCAAGUGGCAACAGAUGCAUCGACGUAAACGAAUGUCAGACAGUUGGGAAACAAUGUAAACACAGGUGCCUCAACAGCCCUGGUUCUUAUUCGUGUGUAUGUAGAUCUGGCUUUCGACUGGUAAACCAAACCAAUUGUGUUGCUGACGACGACUGUAGACAUUUGGGUCCCGGUGCUUGCCAACACGGCUGCAUUAAGGCAAAUGGGAGAAUACAGUGCACAUGUCAAGACGGCUACAUUCUUAGCUCCAACGGCAAAGAUUGUCAAAGACAAUUCAAUGAAAGUGACUGUGGAAUCAUGAAAUCAUUCACUGCCCCAGCACACAAGCUUUCAGUUGCGAAAAAUUUCUGGCCGUGGCAAGCGUAUUUGCAAAACUUAUUUCCAACAAACAAUUUGCAAAUGACGAUAUCUGGGUGUAUGGCUACCUUUAUUAGUAAAUACUAUCUGAUAACAACAGCUCAUUGUUUAUAUUUGGGAAGAUCACCAAUCGCGUCAUCGCAGCUACGAGUUCUGCCGGGAUUUAUACAAGGAAAAAAGGAUGGAGAGAAGGAGCUACUUGUAGAUGAAAUAAUUUUCCAUCCAGAAUAUGGCAAAGGAGGUUCUAGACUUAAAAACGACAUUGCUCUAAUCAGACUUUUAAAACCAAUCAGUGCCAGCCCUUUGUUGCAGCCAAUUUGCAUAAAUCCCCCUAAAAAAGCCAAACUCAAAGACUUAGCAUACAUUAUCAGUUGGGGACGAGUAGGGGAAAAAAGAUCCUCUAUUACACUACGAGAAAGUAACAUUGAAAUAAAAAAUGCUACAAAGUGUUCUUGGCUUUAUCCCUUUGGCUUCAAUACACACAACAUGAUUUGUGCUGGCUAUGUUCCUCCGACAAAAACGGUUUGCCUUGCAGACAGUGGCACACCGUUGAUGACCCAAAGUGCUUCUCAAAGCAAGUGGUAUUUGCAUGGGAUUCUCGUGCAUGGAGCUGGCUAUCCAAGAGCUGCACCUUGUUCCAAAAAGUACUACUCGAACGCAUAUUAUGACUUGACAGAAUAUCAAGAAUGGAUCCAAGCAUUUGUGAAGUAGUUUUCUGCUUGAUGACUUUUGCUGGUUUUCAUGAAGAACAUCAGCUUUAGUGAUCAGCUUUAUCUGACGUGUUAGCUUGUUUGUAUUUUGGAGCUGUUUCUCUAUGUUUUAUCGCAGUAUUACUCAGAGUAAGAAAAGAGACUAAGCCUCCAAUUUUAAAGUUUCUUAACAGAGCCUAUCAUUACCCAAAGAAGACAUCGUUUUCACCAUAAAACAACAUAAAAAAGAAGACACCCAAAGUGCCCAUAAAAGGACCCAUAAUUACUAAGAAGACAUCGUUUUCAAAUUACCAAAUUUUUACGUCGCAAAAAUAACUUCAAAACGUGUAAAAUAGAAUCAGCCAAAAAGAAAAAGGCGCCAGAAUUUUUUCAAUAUUCUUUAGGCGUUUAAAUUCCUACAAUAAUAUAAAAAAAUUGGUAACAGAAUAGAUGACAGUUAAUCUGCCGUGGUUUUGUGUUGCACAAUUCUUUGUUAUUGGUCUAGCCAAUAACCAGAUACAUUUUUACCAUUUAAUAUCAUCCAUUUAGAUUUUUUGAUGUAAAACAUUGCAUUCGAUAUACUGCAUUGUAAAUAUGGCAUUAAAUAUGUUUUCGAUAUUAUUUUUUAAAAUUUUGUUUGGCA